AAAGAAAGAAAGCGAGAGACAUAGAGAGAUAGAUUCAAUGGCGGAGAAAGAAGAGGUUGUAAAGCUGAUAGGGUCUUGGGCAAGCCCUUUUAGUCGUCGGGUCGAGAUAGGUCUCAAACUCAAAGGUGUGCUUUACGAGUACAUGGACGAAGAUUACUUGGUCACCAAGAGCCCUUUGCUUCUUCAACUAAACCCAAUUUACAAGAAGGUUCCGGUUUUUGUCCACAAUGGUAAAGUAUUACCAGAGUCACAUCUGAUCCUCGAAUACAUCGACCAAACAUGGACAAAUAAUCCAAUUCUACCGCGAGAUCCAUACGAGAAAGCCAUGGCUCUAUUUUGGGCCAAAUUCGUCGAUGAACAAGUCACAUCAAUAGGGUUGAGAUCUCUAGUAAAAUCAGAGAAAACUGAUGUUGCAAUCAAGGAGGCUCAGGAACUCAUUACGUUUCUUGAGAAGGAAAUCACCGGAAAUGAAUUUUUCGGCGGAAAGGCGAUAGGAUUCUUGGACAUGGUUGUAGGAAGUAUGAUCCCGUUUUGUCUGGCUCGGGCUUGGGAAGGUAUGGGAAUUGAUAUGAUUCCAGAGAAUAAGUUUCCAGAACUAAACAGAUGGAUCAAGAAUUUGAAAGAAAUUAAGAUCGUGAGGGAAUGUAUACCUAAUAAAGAGAAACAUAUUGAGCACAUGAUGAAAAUUGUAGAGCGAAUCAAAGCUGCUUCGAAGACGAUAUGUACUCUUUGAUCUGGAGAGUUUAUAUAACUAUAUUUUGUAUUGCCUUGUUAUUCUAAAAUUGUAUGAUUGAUUUAUUAA